ACUGAGACUAUGUGGACUGCCUGUGUGUGUGUGUGUGUGUUUGCAUUUGCGAGCAGUGUGGCUGCAUGAGAGAAUAUGUUUGGGCUAUUAAUAACCCCACAGUAGAUCCAUAAUUUCCCAUUCAUUAUCUCUCGGAUGUUGUGCCUCUCUGCCGGUGUUCCCAUGGCGUUCCCCUCUUUGCCAUCUCUGCAUCUGAACAAAUGGGGCAACUGUUGAAGUUUCUGUCUUCAAAUGAACAUUGAAAAACAAAUACAAAUUGUGCUGAUUGAAAGCAGGCUUGUAACAGAUAAGCAGUCGAUGCCCUGACAGCUGGGUUUUGUGUCAGAUCCUCAUACGUGACAUCUUCUCACUCUCCUCUCAAAGUCAAAACAUUGCGUUAGCGCCACAGGAAAUAACGCAUGUUGGACUGUUAAUUCUAAACGAAGGUGACGCCUGACAACAUGAACAUGUCUUUAUAAAAUUACACUACUCACAGACGUACACAACAUCCACACAAGCGUACAUUCGCAUGUUACAGCUAUACUCCAUUUACUAUUCUUGUAGUACGUUAAAUUCUUAUACAUUCUGGCAUUGUUCAGUAAAUCUUUUAUAUCUAUCCUGGCGGAUAUCCAGUCGGAUUUUAUAACAAUUUCCCUAAUGCAGAGUAAUUAGAUCUCACCAAACUGAAGCAAAACUUACAAGCUGGUUUUUGGCCUAAAAAUGUACUUUUCACCAUCGUCCAUACACACGUGCUGCCAGAUCACUCGUGACAAAAAUUAGUUGGAACAUAUAUUUAUGUCUUACAUUUUAGGAUUAAAUCAGAAAAAAACAGCAAGCUCUGAAACAUCAAAACAAACAAAGCAACGUUUUUUCUUAUCUGAGACAUCGUCUCUAUUAUUGCUUUUGUGUCUUUCUUUGACGGAGAUGCUUACUGAUAAUGGAUGCUUGUGUUUGUUUGUUUGUCUUCGUCCCAGAGGGCAUUCUUACCUCCUCCAGACCCAGACAUUGUAGACGGACUCAAUCUGCAUUCACACACUGGACACAAUCCCAGACAUGACGGAAUUUUUACAAGGUCAUUGCGCGCCAUCAAUUGUACGCUUUUAGAAUACAACAACACACACACACACACACACACACACACUCUCCUACACCUGUACGCGUGAAGUCAUUUACUCCUAUGUUGGUUACAAGCCAGUACACGGGCGGAUCGGGACUUGUACAGGGAGGAAUCCCACUCGGUUUUAUGAUAAAUAAAGAAAUAAACACACACUGUCACGUUGAAACUGGGCAGGUUAUUGUAUCCUAGCAACAGAGAAAGACAUCGACCGUUCAAUCGGUUCCUGUCCAGCGCUGUAGCAGUCGAAGCCAAACCUCCCUCUGCUCCCUGCGGCGGCUGGAGCGCUCAUCUCUGCUACACUUCACACCUCUUUUGUUUUCAUCUCUGUCCAACAUUCAGAAUCCUUCUCCACUCAAACGGUGAAGAAUCGGCAGCUAACAGACUUUUGACAAAGAGAUCCGCACUGUUCUGAUGGGACCCGAUUCACGGGACAAAUUCUAAUUACAAGCAGCACCCGAUGUUUAAUUUCUUCUGGAGAAUGCUGUGCUGAGCACGGGCACCGUGCAGCCGGUCUGUUUGGUUACAAGUCUUGAAAGCUUUGGUACAGAAUUCCACUCACAAUGCACACGCCAGCCUCCAUGGUGACGGGGAUCGUCUUUGCCCCUUUGGGGUUGGUCCUCGUCUUCACCGCCGCCAUCACCCCUCAGUGGCGAGAGGGACAGGCGCGACUGGGCGCAUCGGGCCCGGGGACACCACUUCGCCCGGGGGUGAAAGGUCAGGGUAAGGGCCUGAGGUCCGGGUCGGCGGGGGCGCUGCUGCUACUGCGCUCUGACGGACUUUGGGAGAGCUGCCUGCAAGUGGAGAACUCGGAGCUGAAGCAGUGCUGGCCUGUGGCGGGGCCGUAUCGGAGAGACCCCAGGGUUCGCCUGGCACAGGGUUUCAUCCUGACCUCGUUGUUCCUGUGCGGCACCGGCAUUAUGCUGGCGUGCAUCGGCGUCCGGUGCUGGACAGACACCCCUCUGAGAGGCCUGGCGGCCACGGGGGGGCUCCUGGUGGUGAUUGCCGGGCUGCUGAGCCUGACUGCACUCUCGGUGUACACGCACAACCUUCCGAGACUGGGGAUGGCAGACCCGAGCAAGGCGAUCAAAAACACCAGGUUCCCCCACCUCAGCCUGCAUCCUGCCGGCUCGCUCUACUUCGGAUGGCUGGGUUCGUGUCUGCAGGUGCUGGGAGGCAGCGCGCUGCUGUUCAGCUUCAAACGCCCCAGAUACCCAAAGUGCCCGUCGUGCCCGAAGCUACGCGCUUGCCCCGCGUGUCGUUCGUGUCCCGAGAUCUCCAGCAACAGGCCAGACAACGAUGUGUAUGAGGUCAGCUGUUAGAAUGUAGAACUCACACUAAAAAAAGUACUUUCAAGGUACAAUUCAGCAUCUCUCAUGUGGAUGUCCGAUCAGUGUUGAUGGUAAGUGUGGCCAAUUGGAGCUAUAAAUUCCGUGCUUACAUUGACUUCCAUUCAUUUCCUGGAGACUUAUUCUAAUCCUUACUCUAACUUCAACCUGGACCUAAUUUACCCAAACCUUUAACAUCAUCCCCUUCUUAGAUCUCCUCUGCCCUUUGGGAGGCCAUUUUGGCUUUUUACACUAGAAGCAUAAAGAUCAAAGUUCUGUUUUUAAACAGCACUUCGUGUAUAUGGAUGCAGAAAGAAACAAUGGAUUUUGCGAGAACAAAUGUAGGUUUCUCGGUUAAUAGCACAAGCCGAGAACUUUAGUGCUCCAUUUGCAAUCAGCAUGGAUUGGACACCGCUUUGAGUGGUGGGAAAACUAGAAAAGCGCUAUACAAGUACAGUACAUUUAACAUCCACAUAAAACAAUAUGAGAAGAGAAUAAGAGAAGAUCUGGAUAGACACUAAAGUCCCACUCAACCCAUCAGCUGAUUAAUCUGCCAGUGAAUUCAGAAAUGACUGCAAACCACAGGACGUUACUACUUCUUGUUUAAUGGAUUUGUCGGGUAUGAGACUAAUGCUUGUACAGCAAUUAGAUGUUGACGUAGACGAGCCUUUGGUUGGCUGUAAAAUCAAAAGGAAUCAAAGAGUAAAUGGAUUGAAGAGAGAGGUUCGUUAUGGUUGAAUAAAAGUCCAAGUUCCUGCUGCCUUUAACUACGACACGUAGCAAAACAUGACCGUCGUAUCGCUUUGUGCUGCCUUUUGCAUCGGAGCCAUCCAUGCCUUUGUACUGUUCACUGUUUCUGUGGCCGAGAAAAACUGUGAAAUACUUGUGAUAAAUAUAUAAGUUGCUUAGAUAAUGUUAUGGCUUUGAAUAAGAACAUUGGACGAGCUUGUGUUAGAUCCGGUUAUAGAUCACAAUCAUUAAAUCGGAUUUCGUAUCCUUGUUUCUUGCUAAUGUGGUUUUGUGGUUCGGAGAGAACAAUCUUUAAUUAUUUUUUAAUUGAUGUGCUGUUAUUAUUGUCUCAAUUCAGUCGCUGCAGGAAAUUAAAAAGACCAGUUCUAGAGGUAAUAUAAGUGUGAGAGCAUUACAAAUCAUCCACCAAUUUUUCAGCCUACUGGCAAAUAUUCAUCCAAUAAAUAAUAUUCCUGACGUGAUAAUCAGAAUAGAGACGUAAAGUGUUAGAGGAGUGUGCCAAAGGUGUUGUUUGUUUGUGUUAACUCAUCACAGUGUUGUAAUCUGCAUUAAAUAAAGCAUUUCAGCAAUCUA